AUGGAGGAGGUAGACCAAAUCAUAAUCCACUCACUCCGUACUCUUCACUGUGAAAUUGAUGAUGAUGUUAAAAGCUUGAAGCAAUUUUCUGCUGAUUUGAUUGUCCUUGCUGCUGCCAAGUGUCUGAAAGCAAUCAAUAAUGAUUUGGAUGUUCCAAAUAAAUUACCUGCAGGCAUGUCUGCAAGAUAUCGGAUUGGAACAGCUCUUGCACAUCACAUCAAGGAAGUUGGUUACUCUGGAGAAAUUGGAUAUCAAACAUUUCUCUAUUCCAAUGAAAAUGAUAUCCGAAAGAUUUUUAUGUUCCUCAUUGAGAAAGUGCCUAAAGAAUCUACUGAAACUAGAGAUGAGCCUCUUAGUGCAUCGGUCGUGCUGCAACGUGCCAUUGCGGUCAAGUUGGCUUCCCAGCUGAAGUCACCUUGGAUACCUCCAUAUAUACGACGAGCAAGUGCAAUAUGGAAAGGAAGUUCCCCGGAAUUAUAUCAUCAAGGUGUGUCUGAUGCUGUUGGCUUUCAUGCUUAUCCUUUGCAAUGGCCUGUUGGCACAACCAAUUUAUCCAAGAAAAUUCAUAAAGAACUUCGUAAUUAUUACCAGAGUCUGCUGCCAAUGGUGAUCCAACAAACCCGACGGCCUGAAGAUGUGCCUGCCUCUCUGCUUGAAGCUCAUGCUGCUGAUUUAACUGCCCAACAAGAAUGGGAAAAUGAACUUAGCAAAGCAGCACUUACAUCUCGUGUUUCUGAACAGGAAUAUCAUCAUAAGAAACAAGAAAAGAUCCGAAAACGAGUGUUGGAUCACAUUCGUCAAGGAAUAGAGCACAGUAAUAUUCAAGCAGAAACUCAAGGAUCACAGGAUCUAAAACAAAUGCUCAAUUCUAUUUAUGCUGUAGAUGUUCCAAAAGUAAAAGGAUCUCGAUUCAUCCAUAAUGAGAAAUUACAAUUUACAAAAGAGGAAGAGAAAAUUGCUCAAAUAACUGAGGCUACUGUAUCUGGUUCAGCAGAUACAGAGGAGGAACAACGAGUGAAACGUGAGGGUGAAAUACAAGUUUUACAGGAUGAAAUAAAUGAUUAUUUAACCAAAAUAGAUGAGAUUGAUACAGAAAUGAAGAAGUUGGUAGGUUCAAUUCAGCAGAUGCAGGAAGAAACAGAAGUGAAUAAACGUGAGAAUCUGGAGAAAGAGGAGAAAUACAUUGUUAAAAAAAGAACACUUGACUUAUUACCAGAUGCUGAUAACAACAUUGUCAAACUUCAGUCAGUUGUUGACAACAGUGCACAAAGACUUGUAAGUUUAGCAACUCAAUGGGAAGAUCACAGAGCCCCACUCAUUAAAGAAUACCGAGAACUUAAAGAAUUCAACACCCUUCGAGAGUCUGAAGCAGAAAAGAAGUUGGAGGAAAUGAAAACAUUCAGAGAGAAGAUGAAAGAAAUUGCAGCAGAGACGAGAGCAAAAGAAGAACUUCAUAAACAAUUGGUUACCAAGUAUGAGAAUAUGACCAAAGAUGUGAAUCGAUCUGCUUACACUCGGCGUAUCAUGGAAAUUGUAUCAAAUAUCAAGAAGCAGAAUAAUGAGAUUGAGAAAGUUCUCACUGAUACCAAAGCCUUACAGAAAGAAAUUAACUCCCUAACUGGAAAGUUGGACAGAACAUUUACUGUGACUGAUGAACUUGUAUUUAAAGAUGCCAAAAAAGACGAAUCUGUACGUAAAUCCUAUAAACAUUUGGCAGCUCUACAUGAGAAUUGUGAAGCAUUAAUUACCACCAUUCAUGAUACUGGUGUGAUUAUGAGAGAAAUUAGAGUUUUAGAAGAUCAGAUUGAGAAUGAAAUGAAAAAAACUGCUUGUGUAUUGCAAAAGACCAAAUCUGCUGAGGACUUUGACUAUUUUAUGAACAAUGGAAAAUAUUUCAAGAGGAUCAUGUAUCAUCAUCAUCAUUAA